AUGAGGUCAAAUUCGUCGAUACAAGGAUACUCUGAAGUCCUCCCUGAAGCGUCUGCAAAUCAAUCCCACCAACUGGGAAGGGCUCGCACUCGACCGAGCGACCUGGAGGAGGACAGUGAAGACGGGCACUGCGAUCUACGGAGCCAACCGCAUCGCCGCCGCCAAAGAGAAACGCGAAGCCUGCAAAUCACAGCUGCGUCCACUCCGCAACGCCGACGCACAACCGCUUCCAACGCGUCCCCGACAUCAACGGACAUUCCGGGCUCGAAUCGGACUUGUUGGACAUCUUCGGAUCGACUGCUCCUCUCGGACUGCAGCAACCAUCGUCCCCCGCCCGCCUCUUCCUCGUCCUCUCUGCCGCCAACUAGCUCUGACAAUUCUCCUGAACCACCACUACCAUGCUCCUACUCCCCCUUUUUCUCCGCUUCCUCCUCCUCCUCCUCCUCCUCCUCCUCCUCCUCCUCCUCCUCCUCCACUGCACCAACGACGGCCGCUCUGGCGGCUGUCACGCACAUUAACACCACGCAUAACCCUGACAUAUCAACAGACACCAUCCCACCAAUCUCCGACUCCAGAGGUGAGGACCAGGACUACACCCGCCCUCACUGCGACCGCACCUUCACCUCACACAUCAGCCUGGUCGGUCACUUACGAAUCCAUCGCACAGAGGCUGAGGAGCCAAAGCCUGGAGCACCAACCUACACCCACCGCAUUCGCCUCCACUACCAACACUGUCCUCGCACCUUCACGCAUCGCAUGGGCCUAUUCAGCCACAUGCGCAUGCACGAACACCUGCGGUAG